AUGAAAUACUUAGCUGCUUACUUAUUAUUGGUUCAAGGUGGUAACGCUGCCCCAUCCGCCGCUGACAUCAAAUCCGUCGUCGAAUCUGUCGGUGCUGAAGUCGAUGAAGCCAGAAUCAACGAAUUGUUGUCCUCUUUGGAAGGUAAGGGUUCUUUGGAAGAAAUCAUCGCUGAAGGUCAAAAGAAGUUCGCUUCUGUCCCAGCUGGUGGUGCUUCUGCUGGUGCCGCUGCCGGUGCUUCCGGUGCCGCUGCCGGUGGUGAUGCUGCUGAAGAAGAAAAGGAAGAAGAAGCUAAGGAAGAAUCUGAUGAUGACAUGGGUUUCGGUUUAUUCGAUUAA